AUGGGAGGUAUUUUACAAAUCUUAUUAUCUCAAAAGAGCUUGAGGAAGAGAUUGGCAGAAGCAUCAACAGAGUCAAAUGAGGACGUGUCAGAGGAGGCAGAGGACCUGGAACCUCUGGAACCAGACGACAGUGGUACCUUCCAACAAGUCACAAACCUCCUCAACAUCAUGGACAGCGAGUCAACCAAAACGGGCGCUGCUGGGGCAGGUCCUGACAUGCGGAAGAUGCCGGCCUCAGUGAUCAUCAGGGAGAGGGCCGCCACUGAGCCCUCUGUGGUGAUGGGCGCUCUCACCCGCUGCCUGCAGGUACCAGAGAUUUCCACUCAGGGCAAAGUCAACAUCUACAGCAUCCUGCAGGAGGUUCUCCAGCAGCAGGGGGAGCUGGAGGAGUGCUGCGUCCAGAGGCUGGUCACCAUCGCCUCCAAGGAGAUGAGGGAGAUGCUGCAGGUGGAGGGCUACGUGAGGGCAGAGGUGGCCAGCGACACCUUGGUGGCCCUGUCCCGAAACCACUUCAGCUUGGUUGUUUAUGUGCUACAGCACUGCCUCAGACCCCUCAACCUCGCCGAAGAAUUUGUCAUCGUCACCCUGGCGAAGCUGGCCAAUGGCAAUGAGUUUGAGUUCGUGCCAUACAUGGGCAUCACCCUGGCUACCAUAUUCACCAUGCUGAGGCUUGCCAAGGAAGCCAAGAUGCGCCAGGUGAUCUGCAGUGCCAUGGAGACCUUCUGCGAGACCAUGCAGUUUCACCUGAGGCACCUAGAGGACAGUGUGUACCCCGUGAUGACUGAGGAGCAGUUUGCUGUGAAGCUGUUCCCCAUGUAUCGCUAUUUUGUGACCGUGUGGCUUAGGGACAACAACCCUGAGGUGAAGCUGGGGCUCACCAAGUCCCUGAAGCCUAUGCUGAACCUCAUCCUGCCCAGCGACGACGUGCGUGAGCAGGUGUACGACUACGUCGCCCUGUUGCUGGCAGAGUACCAGGCCCACCUGGAGGCACUCUUCAUCGCACAGGUCUUGAGGCAGAUCCUGGAAAUGUCAGUGACCACUAACACCCCUGUCCCCCAAAUGCAGCUGCACACCAUCUUCACGGAACUGCAUGUCCAGGUGUGCUCCAAGGCCCCUGCCCAGCGGCAGUACAGCAGCCAGAGCCUGACAGAGGUGGUGCACUGCUUCAUAGCCCUUGCCCGCUCCUACCCCAAGGAGCUGAUGAAGUUCUUCCUCAGCCAGAUGGAGGUGAGCAAGGAGGCCAUCUGAGUGGGGACCCUGACCCUGAUUAGGGCAGCGAUUCUUUGGUGCCUGAAUACCUGCCACCUUCUACCCCAACCUCAUUUCCGUCUGGACCCUUGGCGGACAUGGUGUGUGCACGUGUACACGGGUGUGUGUACAUGUGUGCAUGCAUGUGUGUUUACCUGUGUGUGUGUGUGUGUGUGUAUAUGGGGGGUCCUCCCCGGCCCCCUGGCCCACCACCCUACCCUGCCUGGCCGGGUCUCCCUGCAGGGUGUGAUUCUGUGCUUUGGCCUGUGUGUCCGGGGCCAGGUGAAGACGGUGCUGAACGUGCUCCACGACUUUGAGGAGAGGAUCCAGGAGUUGGAGCAGUCCUGGCAGAUCGGCGCUUGGGGGAAGGACCAUCCCUGGAGGCGGGAGACAGUGAAGGGUGCCCUCAUGGUGAUGUACAGCUGCGUGGCCUCGUACUGCCACCCGCAGAUGCUUCUAACCCACGUGGACAACCCCAUCACUGCUAAGAUCAUUCUCCACUACUCCAGCAGCUGCCAGGACAUCCGCCUCAAAAUGGCCUUCAUGAAGAGUGUGGUGCAGGUCACCGACGCCGUCAAGACCAUCAAGGACCUGGAGGACUUCCAAUUUGCCCCAAAGGCGACCCUUACUGCAUUAUCAUGCACUGCCCUGCUGUCUGGGCAGGUGAUCAUCAAGGCAGAACCAACUGACAGACUGGUUUCUCCAGUGUGGACCAUGGCCAUGGAUGCCCUCUCGUACUUGAGCAAACUGAAGCCUUUCUACUCCACAGAGGAAAACAGUGAGCUGGUGGAAACUAGUCUACACUCUGUCAUUUCUCUCCAGCCCCCAGGAGAGAACGAUGAGUCCAUUAAGACCCUGUAUGUGAACGCCCUGUGUGCCCUGGAGCAGCUGAUGGAGGGCCUUGUGCAGAGGCAGCUGGACCCCAAGGGGCUGCAGGAGAUGGUGCACCUCCUGGAAAAGUUUAUCUUGUCGGAGAAAGAAUGGGAGCGGGAGAAGGCGAUCAACCUCCACCUCCAUCUCAUGCACAUCUACGUCCAAAGCGUCGGUGUCUGCAUCCCUCUGCACCUGGGGCAGUUUGGCACUCUGGUUGGACUCAUCGCCCCAUGCACCUGUGACUCGCACAGAAUCCGCCCGGCCUCCAUGGAAGCCCUUUCCAGCCUCCUGGAUCUUCAUGCAAGACAGACCUGCCCCUCCUGGCGUGCUUCCAAGGAGUUGGAGCUUGUGAAAUGUAAGGCGGAGCUGCAGGGCUCGGACGUGGAGAAGAUUUUCGGCGCGUCUUCCAGAAUCGCCAAGGUGGCGCGCUUGCAGUUUAGCUGCGAUGAGGUGGCCUCGCUCGUCCAGAAGCUCUAUGAGAACCUCGGGGCCAUGAACCUCCAGCAUGACAAGGCCUCCGUCACCUGGAUAGGCACCUUCCUCCAGAUGCGGGCCAAGGAGCUGGAGGACACGGUGGCGGAGAUCCUGGGCGCCAUCCUGGUCCACCUGCUGGUAGUGGAUCACCUGGACGUGCGACACCCCCUUAUCGAGGGCAUCCUUCUGCUGGCGCGCUACCACCAGGAGACCGUCCUCACGUCCCUCCUGCCGCAGCCCCUGCCCAUGGAGAGCCACCUGACGGAGGUGUGGCUGACUGUGGCUGAGAACUUGCCCUUUGCCCGGAUGAUGCUACACGUGCUGAUGGGUCGGCUGCAGUCGAGGUUCACGCCCAGGGCCGACGCCACCUCCAAGGCUGACAUCUGGCACCUGGCCGCAGUGGACACUCUGAUGACCCUGUGCACCAUCCACCUUCUUAUUGAGAAGAUGGACCAGGAUGACAAGCUCCUGGACCUCUUCCCGGACCUCAUCUACACCCUCCUGCUGCAGCUCGGCAGCAGCCAGGGGCCGGAGGCCAUGUCGCCUGUCCUGAAGAUGUGGAGACUCGUCCACACGGGGACCCUCCCUGAGGAGAUCAACCUGCAGAGGAUCACGAUCAAAUCCAUGCAGCUUUUGUUCCGGAAACUCAACAGCGAGCCGCUGCCUCGCACCCUGGAAGAGCAGGGCGUGUGGACACUCCUGGAGAGCAGCUCCACAUUCCUGCAGGGAGUGAGCCUGCUGGCCAGGCUGUGCGUGCGGAACGCCGAGGGCUACCGGCAGAGGCUGUCGGAGCUGGUGCUCAGGGGCGUGGCCUCGGAGGCCCUGAGCUAUCGCAUCAGCAGCACGGCGGCCUGCGUGGAGUUCAUGAGUGUCCCGAUCCUGUACCAGGAGAAACUGCUGAAGCCGGCAGUGCUGAUGCUGGAGAAGGGCGUGGACCAGGACGAGGCCCUGCGGGUGCUUUCCCCACGCGCCCUCGGCAACAUGGCCCUCCGUGCCCCCAAGAAGGUGAGGCAGUACCAGAAGCUUUUACUGGAGAAGUGCCUGUGCCCCCUGAGGGGGCCUGUGAGCACCAGCGUGACCUCUGAGGGCAUGGAGACCCUGGCCAAGGUCCUGGCUGAGCUGCGGGAAGGGGACGUGGGGUCCUUCCGUGCCAUCUCUGAGCGGUGCAGAGCCUUCUUUGACCACGAGAGCGAGCUACUGCGUUUAAAAGCCUUCGUCCUCUUCGGGAAGCUGGCAAAGGUGGUCAGGAUUUCCAAGAAGCAUUUCUUCAAAGAGGAAGUGAAGAAAGCCUGGGUCCCCCUCAUGCUGCAGGAUCCCUGCUCCAGUGCAGCCCAGGCCUGUGUGGCUACCAUGUUUCAGUGUGUGCACUUCUGGGGCUGGAAGGCCCUGGAGAGCUCCUCGGACCAAAGUGAUGCCAUUGCCCCCAAGGACAUGACCAGUUUCCAGAUAAUCCUGUGCUCUGUCUUGACUCAGAGAAAGCCUGCCGUUCUCUACAGCUUCUUGCUAGAAACAAUGACGUAUGUUAAAAGUAACUUGUCAAGGAUCAGAAUCGCUGCAUGUAACCUGGCAGGAAUCAUUAUGAAGCAGAUGUCUGCACGUUACCUGAAAAAGCUGGACUUUCCUACAUUACGGAAUUCUCUCCAGGAGCUACAGCCGGACUCGGAUCCUGGGGUCCGGAGGGCAUCCCUGGAGACUCUCAAAAUCUUGGAUACCUGUAGUCAUCACUGGCUUUUGGCUUCACUCUAAGGAAUUUCCUAG